CUGUCAAUAUGUAUCGGUUUUUGUGCCUGUUGCUACGGCUCUUUAGCCCUUAUAUUUACUGUGCUUACGCUGGUAUCAACUUUCCUCUCUGCAAUCGCUAUUGGCCUAUUCUUCUUCUACUCACAUCGUGCUGACAACCGUUUCAUCAAAGGCAUCGUUGGAACUUAUGAACAGCGUGUCGGUUUAGCGUUCUAUCUGCAAAUGGUUGCUUGUCUCUUUCAUUUCUUAGCAUUUUUGGUAUCAUUACUAUUUUCAUUUUUUGCUUUAACGCGUAAAGGCGAAAUCAGCGAUCGGUAUAGUAUCAAUAAAAGUUCCAAAACUAAUAUUACAAAUGUUGGAAGGUCAAUGGAUUUUAUGCCACAUAAUAUGUACCAACAAAAUUUAACAAAUUCUAAUUACGAAAAAACUGUUGCUGAAAGUAUGCCGGAAUUGGGUAUAACACAUUCAUCCAGCGAUAUCGUUACGGAACGGGUUCGACGGAAAAGUGAAACAUGUGUUUAG